AUGGACACACCACAGGACGGCGAAGACUCCCAGUUCAACUCGGCACCCGAGGGCCGGGGUUGGAUUGCGAAAGAGAACAAGCUUGACGAGUUGGUCAAUGUGCUCCGGAAUCAGAGCCAUCAUCGUCCAGGAGCCGGGGACUUUGAUACGGCCACUUCAGAUUCCAGUCCAGCCUUUGACACCGAGGACCUCGACGCAGACCAUGAACGACGCCAUGACACAGUCGCGCAUAGUCACACCCGGGACAGCAGGAGCAGGAACAGGAUACAUCCCCCACCCAUCGCUCAGGGUGCAGAUCGCGCCAUCCCGACCGACAAGUCGUCUUCACUCACAUUCAACUAUCCUAUCCAUCCGGUGUGCGAGUCCCAUACCGCCACCCUCAUGUCCAGGAGGGGCACUCAUAUCCUACCAGCCUUCUACUCGGUCACUCCAGCCGAGGCAGAGCAGUGUCUGGGCGUAUUCCGCAGCCAACAUCUCGAGUUCAUGCCCUUCGUGCACCUCCCCCCGACCGUGACCGCCAGCCAGCUCCGAGAGACACGACCCUUUCUCUGGUACAACAUCAUGACGGUGGCGACGCCGGUCACGUCGCUCCAGCUGGCGUGGAGUGAAGCGAUCCAGAAGAAACUCGCCCAGGACAUGUUUGUGGAGAAUGAGAGGAGCGUAGACUUGUUGCUGGGCUUGCUGGUCUAUCUGUCCUGGUCACAUUUCUACAAGAAGAGAGGACCAAAUAUAUCUCUGCUCUGCUCGCUGGCCAUGUCGCUCGUCUUUGACUUGGGACUGAACAAGGCUUCGCGCGAAGGUCCUGGAGGGGACGGAAAGACCAUGGACGAAUGUCGCGCCGUGCUUGCGUGCUUCUGUAUAACCAGCCAAAUCUCCUUGACCAUGAAGAGAAUCGACGGCCUAAACUGGACGCCCUGCAUGGAGCGAUGUCUGGAAACGCUGGCGACACAGCCCGAGUGGCAUCUCGACGGCGUCCUCGUGGCCCAAGUACGUCUGCAGCUGCUCUUGGACGACAUCAAUCGCAACUCGUGGUCUUUGUCUGCACCCUCAUCGUCGUUGUCGCUAUUCUUGUCUUCAUCUUCUCAUACGACCGCGGCGGCGACGGCGACUGGACCUUCGGCGUUUUGUGUAUCUGCUAUUCUCGCGCAGAUUCGGGCUAUCGAGAAGGAAUUGACACCGGAUCUCAAGAAUAAUCAAGCAACGCUAACCAGGAGCAACGCCGAACGUCGUGGCACUGUAGAUAUCCUCCUGGCCCAGCUCCGCUACACAGAGCUGAUCACGCACGAGACCAUGAUCCAGCUGACCGGACCCACCAAUACUAACAUUAACACCAAGCCCGACCACCGCCGCCAUCAAGCCCGGAGAGAUCUUGUCGCGUGCCUCGGCGGGUUCUUCGACGCCCUCUUCGCCCUUCCCGCCACGGCCUACGCGGGCAUGUCCUUCCCCUUCUGGUGCCAGCUAGGCCAUUGCCUGCUGACUCUCCACGGCGUCGUGACCGUAGAAAGGGGUCUACUUUGGGACGGGGGCGGGGACGGGGACAAUCGCAUCGACCUGCUCAACAUCUGCGACCGCCUCAUCAGCAGUCUGGACGAGGUCUCCUCGCAGAGAAAACUCCUCGCAGCGUACACGAGCCACAGCACCGGCAUCGGCUACGGCGAUGGGGACGGAGAUUGUAAUUCUGGCGCUGGGCCCGGCGCCGACGUGGACACGUUCACCCUCAGCGGCCGCAUGAUCCGGUCCAUGAAGGCAGUGUGGACGCGGGAGCUGGCGGCAAUGACGGCGGACGUAUCAGCCAGCACUACCACCACCACUAGCAACAACAGUCGAGGAGGAGGAGGAGGAGGAGGAGGAGGAGGUCAGAGGAAUGACAACGUCGACUGCGAGACGGCUAUACCGACGUCUACAACAACAGCAACAACAACAACAACAUUCGAGACAGCCGGUCUUGACCCCGACCACAUGACUUCAUGGGUAGACGAUGAUGACGGUAGCAGUCUCGGACGCGCAUUCCUGACGGCAGAAGCAGAGUCGUCAUCGUCGUUCUUUAGUCCCCUGUUCAUGGACGAGUCGUGGUUUGUGGAUCGGGACAUGGCGAGUGCGUUUUCGUGGAGUUGA